CUACUCUUUUACUAUAUAGCACACGUGACUAUCACCUUCAAUUUUCGCUAGCAAAUGGCACAGUGACGACACGUGAAAACGACACAUUUUUUUAUGAUAAUAUGUAUUCGGUUUUGGGCCUCAGGUUGAUAGGGCUAUGAGUGGGAACGACGCUGCAAAGGCUGGCGGGGUCGAACCCGCGGGUUCCAAUCCCAUCGAUGACCUCGUCAGAUGGGCCAAAUCCCAUGGCGCCUACCUCAACGACGACGUCGAAGUCUACCACUCCCCCGAAUUCGGCAUAUCCCUCAGAGUCAAACCUCUUCAACAGAGUCGACUUUCAACCCCCGCCGCGGGAAGCGCGGAAGAAACACCCACUGCCCCUCCAAUCACAACCUCAUCCCCCACCACCUCCCUCCCCCCACGCUCCCGCAUCGUCUCUUGCCCCUUUCCCAUCUCCCUCUCCUACCUCAACGCCCUCUCCGCCUUCCCCGAUCUCCCCUCCCACUCCCCCCCCCUCCCCGCCUCCUUCCUCACCACCCAACAGCCAAAAGUGAUCGGCUGCUUCUUCCUCAUACAGCAAUACCUCCGUGGCAGCUCUUCACACUGGGCUCCGUAUAUCCGCUCGCUCCCGCAGCCCGAUGAACCUCAUAAACUCGCUACGCCGCUUUAUUACCCCGAGGAGGCGAGGAGAUGGUUGGGGGGGACGAAUUUACCGGCGGCGAUUGCGCAGAGGGAGGGGAUGUGGAGGGGGGAGUUUGAAGGGGGAGUGGGGGUUUUGGAGGGGAGUAAGGGGAUGGAGGGGUUGGGGGGGGAGUGGACGUGGGAGUUGUAUAAGUGGGCGUCGACUAUAUUUAGUAGUCGCAGCUUUGUCUCGAAGUUGAUCCCGGAUGAGGUGUACGGCGAUGUGUUGGACCAGCCGGUGGAUGGGUAUCCGAGCUGGCGCGAGAAGAUCGCAGAGGAGGGCCCGUACCCGGUUCUCUUUCCGCUGCUGGAUAUUGCGAAUCAUGACGCCAAAGCGUGGGUGGAGUGGUUCGUGAAUGCGCAGGGACCGGUCAAGGAUUUCAGCAUUAUCACGGAUGCGGCGAUAGGGGAGGGGGAGCAGGUGUUUAAUAAUUAUGCGCCGAAGGGGAAUACGGAGUUGUUGCUGGGAUAUGGGUUUUGUAUACCGGGGAAUGAUGAUGUGGCUAUUGAGCUCAAGUGUCCUAGUGAGGAGAAGAGGCGGAUUUGGGGGGCUCAGAAGCAUGGGUAUAAGGUGCCAGGAGGCGCAAGUGAGAAAUGGAUAUUCCAUGUCAGAAGUCGACCAUAUCCCGCCAGGGAAGGCGAUAACAGGGUGGAGGAGUUCCGGGUUUUUGAAGAGGGACUGAUCGAUACACUCGCCAUCCUGGUGGCGAACGAGCGGGAGGAGAAGUUCCUACAAGAGAACCCUGAAUACAGCGUUGAGUCGAAUCUAGAGACAUCUCUGUAUAACUUUAUGGGGAGGAACGCGCUCUGUGCGCUCUCUGUCCUUCUGGCGCAGCUGAGGAGUGCUAAGAGAAGAAUUCUUGAGGCGGGGAACGAUUUAGGGGAUCCAGCUGCUCAGUUUGAAGUCGUUGCGCAACAGUACCGGUCAGGGCAGUUGGCGACCUUGGGCGGUGCUAUCGAGGCGCUACAUGCAUACCUAGAGACUCUCAAGGUCAAGGAUGACACCGAGGACUAUACCAUCGCAGAAUGGCCCCAAUCGCCCAUCAUCGACGUCCGCUCGGCAUUCCCCUACCUAAAAGCCAACCACCCCACGGUCUGGAACACGGUAGCGCAGUCAAUGGCGCCGGAGGACACUCUUAAACCCUAUCUAGGCUUCUCUGCGAGUCCCGAAGCCGGUACCGGCGAGGAUGUCAGCGUGAAGGACUUGUCGGCGAGAAAUUGCAGUUUUGCCGAGAUGCUGGAUAACGGCCGAGGGGUGGCGAUGCUAUGUGUUUGGACGUGGUGCGUGUUGAUGGUCCACCACUCCGAGAACAACGAUCUGAGUGAUGGGCUGGAUGUAUGGCUGGAGGAUUUACUCCAAUUCCACAGCACAACCCCUACUUUCGACUCAGACCCCGAAACUACUGCCGCAAUGUCACUCAUGACAACUCGCACGCUCGCUGUCUGGCCGACGGACUACCCCUUACGGUCUGCUGCAAGGCGCCGCGUGAACCGUAUGCACCCCGCCCUCAUCCCUGGAGACGACAAGGACGCCGACUUUGCGAGGAAGAUGGUGAGUCUCGCGAUGCGUAUUGUGAGAAGCAGCGUGUUUGAGACUGGUAUUUCGACGAAGGGGCUAGGUCCGCAGGUUUUGCAGGAGGUUAUUUUUGUGCCAAGAAUGAAGGAUGAGGAGGGUGCUUGA